AUUUCCUCUAAGAUUGUAUUAAUAUGCUUCAGUUCCCGACUGUAUACCCAGUCUGCCCAUUUCAAAUCCAUCAGCAAUCCUAAGGCAACUCUUUUUGGUCGUGUCUUGGGAAGCAUCUUCGUGUCUUAACCUCCUUGGUCAUAUCAAACAUUCACAAGAUUAAUAGUGUCCCAAUUGUCCAGAGUAACGAUGCUCUCCUUUCUAACCUCCGUCACCUCAACGAAAAGCACUGCUCCACCGAUGAACGCUGGAUGUGGCUUCCAUCUUGAAGUCACAGGAGGAUUCAAUGGCCCCGUGGGCCAAUUAGGGAAUGGUCAGGCGAGAGCAGGGAGUGACUUGCCACCAUCUCUGUUUACUUGGUUUGGGGAUGCUUUUGCUGAUCAGGAGGGUAGAGGUUGCUGGUGGACUCCUCCUACUUCGGUACUUCAGUGCGACAGGAACCAAAGGCCCGAUCACGGAUUCGGGAUCGGGUGUUACGGCGGCGUGUCCUACCGAGACCAGUCUACGUUCUACGAAUGCCACACGAACGACGACUACGAGGUUAAUCUAUACUUGGAACCUAAUGGCGCCAAUUGUUCUACGAUCACGAUCCGUGCUGAUAACUGCCGGCCAUUGUGCGCGGGCGAAACCUUAACACCAUCUUCAUCUUCGUCGUCGUCAACCAGCUUAACAAUUACCCCUUUCGAAGCCGUGACAACCACCACGGUGACGAAAUCGUCACCAACUACGAUUACCAGGCCGCCUUCUUCAGGCCCGACAGCUAGACCUCCAUCAACACACGGCAAUUGUGACGUAGUCGUUGCCCAAGCCCCUACUGAGAUCGUUUUGGUCGACAAGAAUAAUCCAAGCACGAGCUACGGCCCGAACCCUGACAUGCUAGUACGACUCUCACCGAACUCAUCCGCCGUUUUCGUCUUCCCCAUCUCCGCCUCGGACGGUGGAAAGGAAUGUGCAGUUCUAUUCAACUUGCCUCCCGCCCAAGAAGAAUUUCAGGAUUACAAGUUGAAGGGUAAUGGGCUUAUUAGCUUCGCACUUCUAAACGGAACCUUAGCUGAUCCGGGACACACGACAUAUGGUAAUUUACCAGGGAUCGCAGCGUCUUUGGAGUCAGUUGAAUUGAGGCCGGACAUGAGUGUUCAGCCGGUUACUUUUGAAUGUCCUGGCGUGGAUACGAAUUUCACGGUAGCAAUGCGUGAUGCGCCUGGCUCUGAUGCGUGUUUGGAGUAUCGGCAGAAUGAGACGGAUGUGCUGGUUGGGAUGUAUCUUCUGAAGUGUUAAGAUACGGGUAUCUGGGUGAGACAUGGCGAGUGCAAAAGGGGAGAAAAACGCGAGAGAAGUUAAAGAACAACACUCAGACCCCGUGGAACGACUGGACUCAUGGUUGGAGAUUGCUAUACCAGGUAUUCUUGUUGCUUUUUUUGGGAUGAUGUGGCUUGACAUUGUGUUAUGCUGGAACUUGGAGGGUAGGUGAGAGUUAGUUACUAAAUUGCGAAGCAUUGAAGAAUCGCACAUCCUACUAGGGAAGUGUAGCAGACAGAUAUCACCGGCAAUUUGAUACUUUGUUUAACUUCCAUGCUAUAUUGG